AUGGCCUCUGAAACCCUACCCUCUCUCGAAUCAUCAGGAGUGAAACGAGCUCUUCUCAUUGGCAUUAACACAUACAAAAAAGGAAGCCAACUUCAAUAUUGCAUCAAUAAUGCUCAGAAUUGCGGCACCAAACUGCGCGAUGUUGGCUUUCACGUUACUAUUGGUAUUGACAUGAAUUAUGAAGAAAUGUGCACAAUGAUUGAAGAUUGGGUGUGCAAAAUUUGCCCGGGCGAUCAGGCCCUAGCAUUCUUUUCGGGUCAUGGAACACACUUUGAUGAUCAAAAUUUUCUUAUUCCAGUCGACAAUGAUCAACUUACGAGUCCUACAAUGUUUGAACUUCGUUCUAUAAAUGUUCAUGCCACUCUCGAAAAGAUGAUGGCUCGCCAUCCAUCGGCAGCCAUAUUUCUGCUAGACUGUUGCUUUAGCUACGUUAUACCAAAUGAAGCUGGGUCAAAAGGUGUUUUCGAUUGUGGUGGUUUAUCUAGCAUGAUAGAAGUCGACGACUCUCUCGUUGUCUUUGCGUGCGAUGCAAAUAAGACGAUACCCGACAGGUCAACGAACAACCAAAAUAGUAUUUUCACAGCUCAUCUACUGGAACACAUUGCGAAACCGAAUCUGACCAUCGAAGAAAUUAUGAAUCUAGUCUGUAGCGGUGUUAUGAACGAGACUAACGGUGAUCAAUGUCCUUAUCAAGCAAGUUCCCUCUACAGGCGAAAAAUCGACUUGAACCAUCGAAACGACACUGGUAAGUCUCUACUUCCAAAGAGAAAAUAA